AAGAUGGUCUUACAAAAGCAAGAUGUAAAUGAGAUUUUGAAGCACAUAACACAAACGAAAGUUUCAGAGAUUUCCCGCGCGAGCUUCGUCUUCUCCAUUUCUCAGAUCCAAAAUGGCGCCCAAAUCUGACAGCGCUGAAGGGAUUGUGCUCAACUUUGUGAAUGAGCAAAAUAGACCAUUAAAUUCUCAAAAUGUAGCUGAUUUUCUUCAAAAGUUCAACCUCAAAAAGGCUUCAAUACAAAAGGCGCUGGAUAGUCUUGCUGAUAGUGGGCGGAUAUCAUUCAAGGAAUAUGGUAAGCAGAAAAUAUACCUCGCUCGACAAGAUCAAUUUGUCAUUCCAAACAGUGAAGAGCUUACUAAGAUGAAAGAAGAAAACACCAAGUUACAAGAGCAGCUCAAUGAACAAAGAAGAGCAAUUAGCGAGGUUGAGGGCGAAAUGAAAGCUCUGCAGUCAAAUUUAACUUUGGAACAGAUACUUGCCAAAGAAGCCAAUCUGAGAAAGGAGGUUGAGGAAAUGGAGGACAGAUUAACUAAAUUACGUGGAGGAGUCACUCUCGUAAGCCCAGAAGAGCGUAAGGCUGUGGAGGGAAUGUAUAUGGAUACAAUAAGUCAGUGGAGAAGACGUAAAAGGAUGUUCAGAGAUGUUUGGGAUGCUAUAACUGAGAACUCUCCUAAGGAUCUCAAAGAAUUUAAGGAGGAACUUGGUAUCGAAUACGAUGAAGAUGUUGGUGUGAGUUUGCAGUCAUUUUGUGAUCUGAUGCAACAUGGAAAGAAGCGAGCUAGAGGCCAGUGACUUUUCAGUUCUCUGCAAAGCAUUGCAUGGAUGAGGACUGUUCUGAUCAUCAGGGUCAUGGGAUUCAGGUCUAGAGAGUUCCACUGCUGCCCUUGCUGCUGCUGCAGCAUAAGCUGCUGAUUUAAAAGCUGCUUCCGCUGCAUCAGCUACAUCCUUGUAUUUUCUUGUUGUUUUCAUUGAAUCGGACAAACCCUCCAUGUUUUCUAUCUCAUCAGGAAUAUUAUGUUGGUUCUGCUUCUCUUCAAUUUCCAAUUUCUCCUGCAAUUAUCACAUAAUGAUCAACAUGUCACGAUUGAUGUCUAUAUCUAUAUUUUAAACAAACAAA